GAGUCUUCGAUGGCUGCAGCAGCAGCUGAGGUAAUGAUAUACAACGAGAAUCGUAAACAAUGGCAAGCUCCAGCCGGUUGCGAGGGAAAGAUCUCGAGCAUACAGGUUCUGCACAAUGCUAUACGGCAAACAUUCAGAAUUAUCGCAAUUAGGGAGCAGGACGGCGCAUGGGUCUUAAACUGCAAUAUUCACCAUAAGCUCAAAUAUCACACCGCUACGCCAACAUUCCAUCAAUGGCGGGACGAGCAGCGACAGGUGUACGGUUUGAACUUCUCAUCGGAAAAGGAAGCUCGAGAUUUCGUCUCAGCGGUUGGUCAGGCGAUUGAUUAUCUCAAUCAUCAGUUCGUUCAUGGGGGAGAGUAUCAAGUCCCGAAUGGUGAGGCUUUUUAUGUUUUAUCGUUUUUGUGA